CUCUCGCGUGCGUCCUCCUCGCCCGUUCUCUGUUGGUGGCGCAGGCGGCUUUGAGAGGCGCUUUGGCAGCGCGCUGGUUGGUGGGAGCGGCGUUGGGUUGUCCUCGGCUGUUUCUGCGUGCCUCUGCCGUGGCGUCGUCGACGCGGUCGUGACUGAUUUGGGUGCCCGCCAAAGACUUCUGUGCACGCGCGGAGCGUUACGUUAACCACCAGUGUUGGCCCAAGCAGACAAUCCUCGGCUCUUACGAGGAACUUUGUGGCAAGGAUAGGGACGCCUCGUGUCGACCUCCGAAGGAUUAUUACCCGCGAAGAGGGAGGCCGUCGAAAGUGGACCACGCCAGAAGCAGGAUGUCGAGAAUCAGCGUCUGGAUCGAGCGCCGAAUCCGGGUGGAGAUGAACCUCAGGUGAAAUGCUCCAGCAAGGGUGGAACCCUACUGUUCCAAAGUCCAAGGAAAGCUGUGACUGAAGCUAGUCAUACGGGCCACUGAGGAAACCAGCCACCACCAACCGGGCAGCCAUCAUGAUGGCUAUUUAUGCUUCCACGCUUAGGCAUAUUUUAUGGGCAUCUGUUGCACUCAUUGUUGUGUUCCCAACUUCUUUUACACUGGAGAAUGGACCGAAUGUUUGUACAAAGCAAGAAACGUACCUUACCACCGUUCGGGUUUCAUACAACAAACCUUACCAAAUUCGUACCUAUACGUGGUGUUUAGCAUUCCCACCACGAUGCUCCAAGUACAGGAUUGCUCAUACGGUCGCCUACAAGACAGAAGUUAAAGAAAGCACUCGUACUGUCAAGGUCUGCUGCAAAGGUUUUGUGGAGACUGCUGAUGGCUCCCGAUGUUUGCCACUUUGCAACAACCCAUGCAUUCAUGGAACCUGCUCCAGUCCUGAAACCUGUGAGUGUCAGCCCGGCUGGGGCGGCCCUACCUGCAACUUCUCCUGUCCAGAUGGAAAGUGGGGUAAAGCUUGCCAUAGGGACUGCCCAUGCAAAAAUGGCGCCAGGUGUGACCCAGUGAGUGGAGCCUGCUCUUGCAAGCCAGGAUGGCAAGGUAUCGAUUGCAACGAGCCGUGCGACAGCGGAAAGUACGGCUACGAGUGUGGACAGUUGUGCCGCUGCGAGAACGGUGCCCUUUGUGACCACAUAUCAGGGGCCUGUACCUGUGCUCCUGGGUACACAGGACCUUUGUGCCAUGAGCUGUGUCCAGCUGGUACUCAUGGAGACCAGUGUUCCAACAAGUGCAACUGCCAGAAUGGAGGCACUUGUGACCCUGUCACUGGACGCUGCUUCUGUCCUGAGGGAUGGACGGGUGCUGUGUGUGCAAAUCCGUGUCCCGCUGGCUUCUACGGCACCAACUGCAGCCAACGCUGCCACUGCUACAACGGUGCCCUGUGUGAGCACCUGACGGGCAAAUGCAUCUGUGGCCCUGGAUACGGGGGCGAGCGAUGCCAGGAUGAAUGCCCCGUCGGAGCAUACGGUCUCAACUGCAGCAAGAAAUGCGACUGUGAUAAUGGUGCCAGCUGCAAUGUUACCAAUGGCCACUGCAUCUGUCUUCCUGGUUUCACAGGACCACGAUGCGAAAGUCGAGCUUGCACGGAUGAAUUAUAUGGACCAAAAUGUGAACAUGUCUGCCAGUGUGACAAGGAGAAUUCAAUCAUGUGCCACCCGUGGACUGGUCACUGCAGGUGCAAGCCAGGCUGGAAUGGCGAAACCUGCUCCCGGCCAUGCAUGCCGCUCUUCUAUGGGCCAGAGUGCUCCCUCACAUGCAGCUGCGAAAAUGAUGGCACCUGCGACCCUGUCGAUGGCACAUGCGUCUGUGAACCAGGCUUCAUUGGCCCCAACUGUAGUGAGCGUUGUCCUCCAGGCAAGUUUGGAACCAACUGCUCCCAGAACUGCAGCUGUGAGAACAAUGGAAUCUGUUCACAUGUCAACGGCCUUUGUCAGUGUCCACCAGGCUAUGCCAAGUCGAGGUGCAAUGAACUGUGUUCUGUGGGCACAUAUGGCCUCAACUGCCAGAGCAAAUGCAAAUGCAAAAACGGGGCAGCCUGCAAUCCAGUCACCGGAGAGUGCACAUGCUCACCAGGAUACCUUGGGGAGUUCUGCGAGUCCAAAUGCGAUCAUGGGAAGUAUGGAUUGAAUUGCGAAAAUAAAUGCAAGUGCAACUGGGAGCAUUCCUUGGGAUGCGAUUACAUCACCGGCAAGUGCAUCUGUGCACCUGGCAUCAGAGGAGUGUCCUGUGAAAGUCAGUGUCCCCGUGGCCAAUGGGGUGCCUCGUGCGAGAACACCUGUGACUGCAAGAACAACUCCUCGUGCAAUCCAGAGACUGGUGUUUGUGUCUGUGAACGGGGAUGGAUGGGCAAGGACUGCAGUGAACCAUGCCCAGCUGGCUACUUUGGCCAGAACUGCUCGGAGGUGUGUGCAGCGUGCAUGCACAGCAAUGGCCGUCCCUGCAACCACAUCACCGGUCAAUGUCAGUGCAGCGCCGGUUAUAUGGGCUUGCAGUGCAGUGAGUCCUGCCCUGUGGACAAGUGGGGCGACAACUGUUCUCAGAAGUGCAAAUGCCAGAAUGGAGGCGAAUGCAACUCUGUGACGGGUGCCUGCCUCUGCAUGCCGGGCUGGCAAGGCGAGAACUGCACCAUACCCUGCACCAAUGGAACCUAUGGCUUCAACUGCACCCAGAAGUGCACCUGCCAAAAUGGUGGCUUGUGCCGAGCCAGUGAUGGCAAGUGCAGAUGCAAGCCAGGCUGGAUGGGCUCCCGUUGCACAGAGAUUUGUGCUGAAGGCUUUUACGGAGACCACUGCAUGUCAUCCUGCGACUGCAAAGAAAAUUUUGUGUGCAGUCCCAUAUCUGGCUGCGUCUGCCGCUACGGCUUCACAGGGGAAUACUGCAAUAUUCGUCUUGUGGACAGAAGCGUGAUGUAUUUUGAAGAGGAACCAAAGUCCAACUCGGGAAUUGUCGUGGGAACCUGCGUGGCGGUUCUCCUUGUCAUAGUCAUUGUCAUUUGCAUUGUGUUCUACUACAAGAGGAGGGUUAGCCACCUCAAGAAUGAACUGGCCUACGUAACGUACACUGCAGACCCAAGACCACUGCCAGAUCGACGUCACUUUGACAAUCCUGUCUAUGCUUUCCAAGCUGUUCAUUUGGAUGGCGCACUCAACAAUGCAUCAGGAGCCUCCAAUAUCAAGCAGAUUCACAAUGACCUCAACUGCACCAAGAGUAACAUAGAGAAAGCCAAGCUGGGCUUCUGUGAUGAUGACGACCAGGAUUCGCAGAGCUUGAAAGGUGCCUGUGGAGGCAAUGACUAUGAAAGCAACUGCAAGGACUUCGACUUCAAGCCUAAUAUCUACCAGAGCAUAGAGGACCUCAAAUCAUAUGUGGACAAGAAGGAACCCUUCUAUGAUGAGGUCAAAGACAAGGGAGACAUUAGUAAUGUUACCGUUCCUAUCUGCACCGACACUCGACAACUUGCAGGGCGGUCGAGUAGUGAUGCUGACGGUUACGACCACCUGGAAUACAACAGACCAAAGACUGAAACAAAGCCAAACUACUUCCGGCUCGACAGCACGCUUCCCAAGAAGAAACCUUAAAUGUGACGACGACACUCCCAUGUGCCCCUUGUGAAAACCAAGAACACUGAAUGUGCUCAUGUGUGUAUGUGUGUCUGCCACAAACUGUGAUUCUGCUUCCUUGGACUCCACCGGAAACGGAAAAGGACCCCUGUUGCAUGACGUGUUGUGGCAUUGUUCAGUCCCACAGUGACAAUGGUUCUCAGUCCACCUGCUGUGAUCUUCCAGUGGGUGUUUAGUUUACGUGUUCAAUGUGUGAUGGCUGCCGCAUACUGUGGCCCUUGCACUGUGCUCCCUCGUUAAUUGAAGCUGUUGAUCCAAAUUUACUUUGAGAAUGAUUGUGAUAGUUAGCUUCAAUAUUAAUGCAUUGUGUUGCAACCUUUACUAUGAUGAGAUUCCUUUGUUGUUUAGUGAAGAGUUAAUUUGAUAGUCAGUGCUUUAUGUUGGCAUGCCUCAAGCAGCACCUUUAUUCUGUGUUGCUGCAGAACUGUGCUGUGGAUGUGGGCAGAUGUGGCUUGUUUGAUGCCUGUACAGAUUGAAAAGCACUGCAGCAAUCUGUGCACUCACAAUGGACUGUCUCACUUCUACAUAGAUCUCUACACUCUCGGAUUAUGAUGUUGAUUUGCGUGCCGCAGACUGCCAGCUAGAUGAUAUGUGUGCUGGUAUACUGGCUGGCCAGGUAUGCUUGCUAUAUUGUGUUGUAAUAGUCUAGUAAUUUAAUGACACUAGCUGCCAUUACAGCAACAGCAACACUUGUUUUAAUGUAUGCGUUUUUUGUGUUGUUCAAUUGUCUGGCUUUAUGAACAAUUUGGAGCGGGACUCAUUGGUGCAUGAAACUUGCUUGCGGAAAGAAACUCAAGGUUCAUAGAGUUGAGAUUUUAAUUAAAUUGAUUGUAGAUUCAGAUCAAUAUACUCCUGCUGCCUAAAAUGAUUCAUCUAUGCUGAUUAUACACUGAACUGCAGAGCCUCGAUAACACAAUAUAGCAUCAUUUCAGUUUUCUUUAGCAGUGCAUCUUUUUGACAUUUUAUGUUGUACAAGUGACACAGACCGAGGUGUUGUGUACACCAUACACCAGAGUCCUCAUUUAGGCUGGAGCAUGAAUCGUACUGUGUAAGAGGGCAUGAGGAAGCUUUGCACUAAGCCUCAUGCAGCUAUGGUCUACUAGAAAAAAAUGUUUUUGUUGUCACAUGUCUGGCACAGCACAGGUAUAUUCAUGCAACACCAAGUAUAUAAUUUUGACUGCACGAGUUUCGUUUUCUUCUUGAUGCCACUUCUAGUAUUCCACAUCUCUCUCGUUGAGCAAUGUGAUGUAACAAGAACAAAGUGUGUGGUCUUUUCUAUCAGCCUUGUUGAUCAUCCACCGAUCUUGCCUAUUUGAACGACAUAUACGCAAGUUAUGGCAGACCUAGUCUUAUGCACUAUCAUGUGAUGACAUGGAUUUUACACAGAUGAACCUCAACAUGCGGUUCAUGUCGUUUAAUGAAUUUAUACUUCUGCAGCCAGUUAUGGUGGCCAGAAAGUUUUGACUUCAAAUUCUGAUGGCUUGUGAAUGUCAGUUCAUAUAAGAGCUUUUGGCAAAAGUUAUCAUCCAGAUAUGUAUGCAGUGCUAGCUAAAGCCUUUUAGCAGGGAUAUUUUCCCAAUGGGUUCUGUCACUUCCUUGAGAGAAAUGUCACCGAGGUUCUGCAGUUUAUUUAUGCCGUCUUGUACAUAUACCAACUUCCUAGCUAUAGGUGUCGCGGAUCGUUGCUUCGGUUCUGAAGCAACCUUUUAAACAAUCUUGAAACAAUGAUAAGAGCUCUAUGUCAGUGGUGUCACAAUUUCAACAUACAUUUCACGUGUGUAAAAAUGUAAAUAUUUUACCCAUGACCGAGUGUAGGCAAUAAAAAAGAAACUAUUACUUCCCCA